AUCCACACCAAUACCAUCAACAACAAAAUCCCAAACUGAAUAAGGCUCUUCUGACUAAGGGUUUCAGACGUCAAUUAUCCUUAAAAACAGGGGACGCCCCAAUUUCGAAGGGCUCUCACAGCCGAUCAAAUUCUAACCUCACAGAUAAAAAUUAGACAAAUGCUGAUUUCAUAUUAGCAGCACUUUUUUCUCUGAAACAGGAACAAGAAAAUCUUAACCUCGCCUAUUUUUAACCAAGUCAAUAGAAGAAUCAACCCACUUCAUCAAAUACUGUUGUUUGACUCUUCUUGCUCUCCCAAAAUUCUUCUGUUUCUCUCUCUUCUCCCCAGUGAAGUUUCACACUUUUUAAAGCAAAAAUCAAAUCUUUGAUGCCUCAUCUUUCUUUCUAGAGCCAUUGAAAGAGCUUUCAAGAAACCGGAAGAUUCCCCUUUUCAUCACCGUAAUGAAUAAGAGCCCCUGAAAAACCCAACGAUAAAUAAAAUCAAUUUUCGCCGGUCCUUCACCGUCAUCACCGCCGCCAAAGCGGAGUUAUCCACAAAUCACAAAUACCCAUUUCUCCAAAUCCUAACAAACUCAGAUUUUGAGUCGUCCAAUAACCUCAAAAUUUUCAAAACAAAUGUCUCAUCUUGACGACAUUCCAUCAACACCAGGGAAAUUCAAGAUGGAAAAAUCACCCUACGUUCACAAUAGACUAAGGUGGCACUUUUCUCUUGCAAAGCUCACAUUUUGGUCAUUUAUCUUCUUGGGCCUGAUUGUGGUCUUCUUCUUUCGAUCUCCAUCCUCCAAUCCUCUUCUGCAAGAUCCAUCUCGCCGCUCUCUCCGUACGUACAACUGGGGUGGACCCGCUUGGGAGAAACAGGUCCGUUCCUCUGCACGUAUCCGUUCCCGCAACGGCUUCUCCGUUUUGGUUACUGGAGCUGCCGGUUUCGUCGGUACCCACGUGUCGGCUGCUUUGAAAAGGCGUGGAGAUGGAGUUCUUGGACUUGAUAAUUUCAAUGACUAUUAUGACCCUUCAUUAAAAAGAGCUCGGCAAGCGCUUCUGGAACGAAGUGGGGUUUUCAUUGUGGAAGGAGAUAUCAAUGAUUCAGUUCUUUUAAGGAAACUUUUCGAGGUUGUUGCAUUUACCCACGUGAUGCAUUUGGCUGCUCAAGCUGGGGUCAGGUAUGCUAUGGAAAAUCCUAGCUCUUAUGUGCAUAGCAAUAUUGCUGGUCUUGUUAGUUUACUUGAAGUUUGUAAGUCAGCUAAUCCACAACCUGCAAUUGUGUGGGCUUCUUCGAGUUCUGUUUACGGGCUUAAUACUAAAGUUCCAUUCUCGGAGAGAGAUAGGACUGAUCAGCCUGCUAGUUUAUAUGCUGCUACUAAGAAAGCUGGUGAAGAGAUUGCACAUACUUUUAAUCAUAUAUAUGGACUUUCUUUGACUGGUUUGAGGUUUUUCACGGUUUAUGGCCCGUGGGGAAGGCCGGAUAUGGCAUAUUUCUUUUUCACCAGGGAUAUUUUGAAGGGGAAGUCCAUACCAAUAUUUGAGGCAGCUAAUCAUGGCACGGUGGCUAGGGAUUUUACCUACGUUGAUGAUAUUGUGAAAGGGUGUUUGGCAGCAUUGGAUACUGCCGAGAAGAGUACUGGUAGUGGAGGGAAGAAGAAGGGUCCGGCUCAAUUGAGGGUAUAUAAUUUGGGGAAUACUUCACCUGUGCCAGUUUCAGAUCUUGUGAGUAUCUUGGAGAAGCUUUUGAAGGUUAAUGCAAAGAGGAAUAUUAUGAAGUUGCCAAGAAAUGGGGAUGUUCAGUUUACUCAUGCCAAUAUUAGCUUGGCUCAGAGGGAGCUUGGAUAUAAGCCCUCAACUGAUUUGCAGACUGGGUUAAAGAAGUUUGUCAGGUGGUAUGUCAGUUACUAUUCUGGAGGGAAGAAGGCUGCUGGAUAAUUCAUUCUUUGUAUUGUGUCUUCAGGGACUGAGAACCUCAUGUCAUAUGAUGUGAACAAAAUUUAUGAAGCCAAAAUAACGUGGAUUAGUGGAAUACUAGGCAAUCUAAGAUGAAUUUUAUUCCUUAAUGAACUGGUCCUUGCACAACUAAAAGAUCAUUGUCAAUACAAGCAUCUGCUUUAAAGUCAUAUUUUGAUGUAAUUUACUUCAGCUUUGACAUUGUCAUUUAUAUACUUAUAUACUUAUAUUUUGUCAUUGAAAGUGGUGUCUUUAUAAGUCUUCAGGGACUGAGAACCUCAUGUCAUAUGAUGCAAACAUAAUUUAUGUGGCCUGGUGGAUUGGUGGAAUAUUAGGCAAUCUAAGACUAAUUUUAUUCUUUAAUGAAGUGGUCCUUGUACAAGUAAAAGAUCAUUGUCAAUAGAAGCAUCUGCUUUAAAUUUAUCUUUUGAUGUAAUUUACUUUAGCUUUGACAUUGUCAUUUAUAUACUUAUAUUUCAUCAUUGAAAGUGUUUGUCUUUAUAAGUCUUCAGGGACUGAGAACCUCAUGUCAUA